AUGUACCAAAAUGCUUGUGGAGCCGCAGCUGCCAGUGCCGGGGGUUGUGUAGAAACUGAUAGAGAAUGCCACAGCUUAAUAUCCAAGGAACCUACAAUACCAGCAGUAGAACAUGACUAUAGUGGUUUUGAUAUUGUUAAAGCUACACAGUAUGGAGCUCUUGCCAGGGUAAAAGAACUUAUAGAAGCUGGAUAUGAUGUUAAUGAAAGAGACCCAGAAAAUGUUACUUUAUUGCAUUGGGCUUCAAUUAACAACAGAAAAGAGAUUAUGUCUUUAUUUAUUGAUAAAGGCGCUGAAGUAGAUGCUAUAGGUGGUGAAUUACAAGCUACACCUUUACAUUGGGCUACACGCCAAGGCCAUCUAGAUGCUGCCGUCUUAUUAAUGAAUGCUGGAGCAGAUCCAACAUUAAGAGAUGCAGAAGGAUGUUCUUGUAUACAUUUAGCGGCACAAUUUGGACAUACAGCUUUGGUUGCAUAUUUUGUCGCCAGAGGAGUUAGCCCUGAUCUAGUGGACAGAGUUGGUAUGACACCUUUAAUGUGGGCAGUUUGGAAAAUCUGUAGUUUGGAUCCCACAAGGUUGUUAUUGACAUUAGGAGCUUCAACUAAUUUAACUGAUCAACAAGGCAAUACUGCACUACAUUGGGCAAUUUUAGCUAGAAAUACAACAGCAAUAUCUACAUUAAUUCUACAGACAAUAAUUGAGUUAGCUGAACGAGGUCCUGGAGGUUUUGAACCAUCCUCAUUUUGUUCAGCAUGCCUAGUAAGAAGGCCGUUAAGAUCAAAACAUUGUGCUGUAUGUAACCAUUGCGUUGCCAGAUUCGAUCACCAUUGUCCGUGGGUAGCCAACUGCAUAGGAGCCAAAAACCAUAAACACUUUAUCGGGUUUUUGGCAAGUUUGGUUAUAAUGUGUCUUCAAUUAUUAUAUGGAUCAGUUAAAUAUUGGCAGAAUGCUCCAGAUUGCAAUAUAACUUCAACCAGUGAUAGUUUUUGGAAGUCAGUUGUAACAAUAGGACAAUGCAAUACUUGGGUUGCAUGGGUGGCUGUAAACGCAUUGUUCCACUCCAUCUGGGUUUUUAUGUUAUUUGUUUGUCAGAUGUAUCAGAUAACGUGUCUCGGUAUGACUACAAACGAGAGAAUGAACCGAGGACGAUACGCACAUUUCAUAUCAAACGGAGGAAAGAGUCCUUUUACGAAGGGACCCCUCAUGAAUCUUAUUGAGUUUUUCGAAUGUUCUUGUUUUGGCAUUGCGAAACCAGAACAGAAAGAUUGGCUGACGAGUUUCAGUUUGGAUAAAAACAUAGAACAACAACCUCUUCUUAGACAUAAAGACACUUUUCAAUAUGUAUAA